AUAGGGAUCUUUGAUUCUGAAAUACAAUGUGGUUUCAGGCUAAUGCAAUGAUGUCAUCAUUGAUGAGCAUAGCUCCACAAAAAGCAAUUAUAGCUGAAACUGGAGAAGAAGUUGAUGCUGAUGAGGUAAAGUUAAACACAAUUCUCGCCGUUAAAGCUGGCGAGAUUAUACCCAUUGAUGGAAUUGUUGUAGAUGGCAAUUGUGAAGUGGAUGAGAAAACCUUAACUGGAGAAUCAUUCCCAGUUCCCAAACAAAAGGAUUCUACUGUCUGGGCUGGCACUAUCAACCUUAAUGGUUACAUUAGUGUUAAAACUACUGCUUUAGCUGAAGACUGUGUGGUUGCUAAAAUGGUGAAGCUGGUUGAAGAAGCUCAAAACAACAAGUCUAGAACUCAAAGACUGAUAGACAAAAUUGCUCAGUAUUAUACUCCUGGUUACUUGGUAGUAGUUCCUUUGACACUAAGAGUUCACAACCAUGAUCACUGGUUUCACUUAGCAUUGGUGGUGUUAGUAAGUGCAUGCCCAUGUGGUCUUAUACUCUCCACACCUGUUGCAACUUUCUGCACACUUACAAAGGCUGCAACAUCUGGUGUUUUGAUCAAAGAUGGAGACUAUCUCGAAACACUGGCCAAGAUCAAGGUAAUGGCUUUUGACAAGACUGGAACUAUCACAAGAGGUGAAUUCAUCGUAGUAGAUCAUUGUGUUGAAUUUUUUAAAUUUUAAUUUAGCUUUUAGAAUUUUUAAUGAAAGACAUAUUGCUCAAAAUAUCAUUCUUCUAUAUUUAAUUUCAGAAGACCUUAAUAUUUCCUCCAGUUAUCAGUUUUAUGGAUUUUCUUCAAAAACUACUGGAAUCACGAAAAACAGCCACAACAAAGACCAACCAACAAUCCAAAGCAUUAAACAGAAAG